GCCUCUAUGUUAGUUUUUGGUUCUUGGCUUGUUUUUAAUUUUUUACGUUUGUAAAUAUAACCAAAAAGACUAUAAUAACAAUUAACAACAUAAUUGCCUGUUUUCUCUUUCAUAGUGAUAAGAAAUAAAUACAUUGAAACAUGGGGGACGAGGACGUUAUUCGAAGAAGAUUGCUGAUAGAUGGUGAUGGGACUGGAGACGAUAGAAGACUGAAUGUCUUAUUAAAAAAUCUUAUAAAGUGGUGCAAUAGUACCGACGAAAAAUCGGAAGAGAGUAAAGCAACUCAUGACAGAAUGCUAGCGCAACUGGCGCAAUGCGAAUUUGCCGUAACAAAGUCACAGCUUAGCUCAGAAAUGAUGGCUGCAGAGUUAAAAAGUUACGAAUCUCUAUCAAAAAUACUGGAACAAGGCAUAGAGGCUGCAAAAGAGAACAUUGACAGAAGUAAAGCCGAUUUGGCCCAAGCAAAGACUGUACGCAAAAAUAGAAUUGAAUAUGAUGUUCUAGCAAAGGUCAUAAGUGAACAGCCAGAUAGGAAAGAUACAUUGGAACGUCUUGGCACUUUAAAAACUGAGUUAGCGAGCUUAGAAAGUACGAAGCAACAGCUGGAAAGUAGGCUGGCGUUAAGAAAGAAACAAUUUCAUGUAUUGGUGACAUCUAUUCAUCAGCUGCAGGCAUUGUUAGAUGAGCCAGACGACACUGAGUCUAUUUCAGAUGAUGUGGAAAUGAAGGAAACAUCUAAUGAAUCUUAGCAAAGUAUUACUAUAAUAAAUAUUGAUAUUAAUUAUAA